AUUAAUAUUAAAAAAACAGAACGUAAUUGAAUUUUUUGAAGAUGAUCAAUAUGGACAGAAGUGCUCCAAAUAUUUUAAUAACAGGUACACCUGGAGUAGGAAAAAGUUUAAUGUCCCGUAUGCUAUCUGAAAAAACUGGGUUAAUCUGGAUUGAUGUUAGCAAAUUUGCUAUUGAAAAAGAAUGUUUAGAAGAAUAUGAUGAAGUAUACCAGUGCCCUAUUUUAGAUGAAAAUAAGUUAUUGGAUCAAAUGGAGAUUCUCAUGUGUGAAGGUGGAACAAUUGUUGACUAUCAUGGAGCUGAUUUCUUUCCAGAAAGAUGGUUUGAUAUUGUUUUUGUGUUAAGAACGGACAAUACUAUUUUAUAUGACCGCUUAAGGGAUAGGGGCUAUACAGGGAAAAAAUUAGAAGAUAAUAUAGACUGUGAAAUAUUUCAAACAAUUCUUGAAGAGGCAAAAUCAGCUUACAGAGAAGAAAUAGUUCAUGAAUUAAAAAGUAAUAAUAUAAACCAAGUUACAGAAAAUGUAAAUAGAAUAUGUCAGUGGAUUGAACAAUGGAAAAUAGAUAAUGAACAAGAAUAA